AUGGACGGAUUUGUAGCUCCGAUUUUCCACCAGUGGUAUCACCAGAACAGUAUUCUGGCUACACCGGACAAUGGAAUCCUGUACUGCUCUCGUUACGACGUUACGUACAUUCCUCCGCACGAUUCGAGCUAUCUGCCGAAGAUUCGUAUCAUGGCCGUUAGUGGAUUUAUUAAAUCUUUGGCCUGCUCUCCGGUCUGGACCGACAAUCGAUUGUUUGCUACGCUGGACGAAUAUAACGUCCUGAGCGUAUGGGAUCUUGAUUUGCAACAACCAGUUAAAGGUCACCGAGCACACGCAAACGUGCCGCAAAUUAAGACGAAAAAACUAUUCUCGGAUGUAGUUUCGGCGGUUUGCUUUACAACCGAUGGAAAAGUGAUUUCUUGCCUUUAUUCCGAUCUGGUGGUUUAUUGUUUACUAACGGAUAAGUACAAGAUGAUGCCGGAUUUUUUCCGCAACAAAACUGUCGUCACGCUGGAAAAGUCACCGGUCGAACGUGACAUCUUUAUAGCAGGCCUGAAAGAUGGAUUGAUCCAGAUCUUUUCUAUUAAGAAAAUGGCUAUCCUGCACACCCUCCGUGGACACGAUAAAGAAAUUGUCUCUAUCGCAUGCAUGAGUGUGCCUGUUUUAAAGAAAAAAGCUUGGAGAAAGCAGGAAAAAGCUGGCGAUAAUAAGGAGGACGUUACAGGAAGCGCAUCAAAGAGCGUGCUAAAUAGACCCAAAAAAGAGGCACGAAAGAAAACCGCCCCGCCAGCGGAUGAGCCGGAUUGUUUCGAUAUCUAUGAUUUUAAUGAAAGUCUGGAAGAAUUCGGCACCAUGAUCGAUCGUGAAACCACGGAUGACAAGCACGAUCAGUUUCGAGAGAAAGCUACAACCGUGGAAGGAUUUAACUUCCUGGAGGCAUGUGAAAAUCUGAAAGAAGAUAUGCUGAAGGCCGCAAACCGUAGAGACGAAGAAGAAGAGGAGGACGAUACCGGUGAUCAGUCGGGUUUGGCGCCAGAUCAGUUUAAUACAGAUGAUGAAAACGAGUUAGAUGAUUGUGAGAAGUUAAGAGAUUACGUGGUUAUAGAUAAUGAUGAUCAACGGGCCGAUGACGUACGGGACGAGUUUGAAAUUAAGCUAAUCCUGGUUACCGGUAGUCGCGAAAAUGUUCUUUGGUUUUGGGACUACGAAACUGGCUUAGCAAUCGAUAAGAUAAUUGUACCGUCGAUUGCAAAUGCACGGCUAUGUAACACUUCCUUCACGAACGCUGUUUGGAUCGAUGAAUCCCAUGUUGUUGCUAACAAUUCGAAUGGCCAGGUUAUUGAAUGGAAGGUAGAGUUUAAGUUCAAGAAUGAGUGCUUGCAUUUGUCCGCCAAAGAAAGUCUGGCGCCGUAUCCGGUGGAAAAAAUCUUUCAUGUGAUUAAAGCUAAAGGGCUUGCCAAGACAGACACAAACAGGCGGUACUUGUGGUGUUCGUCGAUAAAUCGAACGCUGACAUGUCUGGAAGUGACAGAAUCGGGAAAAGCGUCCGUAGUUGUAGAUUACACAUGCAUCACACCUACAAAUCGCUGCCUGUUGGAAAAUCCGCUAGAAUCCAUGGUAAUUGCGCUGGCCAGUGGUGCACCAAGGAUCGAAAAACUAAAUUUGGCCCAACUGCAAAGUGACAAUAUUCCAUUCAAAUCUUACACCAAUAAAAUUAGUGAUGCUGUAAUGCAAUUGUGUUGGCAUCCUGAGGAAGAGGAAAAGCUCGCCUUUGGAACGAAAGAAGGACGCAUCGGCAUACUGGAUACAGGAAGUGCGACUAAUGUUCCUGUAUUACUAAAACCAUUCACUAACAAAGAAGUCUACGGUUUGCAGUGGUGUUAUUUGACCGAUUAUAAGCAGGAAAAGAAAUUGAUUCUGAUUGCAUGUAGUAAAGUAAAACUUGUUUACUAUUAUAUGACAGGUGCACAAAAACAUGAACCAAUCCCGUGUGUGCACUUUGGGCAAGUAUCUGAGGUAUCCGUUGUUGAUAAUUUGUGUUUUAUCGGAUCUCAAAAUGGAGAAAUAUAUGUGAGCGAUUUAGAUUCAAAUUUCAAGCAACUGUACCAUAGUAAGGUAGCUAAACGGUAUAUUUGCGGACUGGAGCUUAAGAAUAAUUGUCUCGCUGUGGGUUCAAAUGAUCAUUCCAUCCAAAUAAUAAUCUUCAACGUUUUGGAAGGCGAGGUGGCAGAAAAGGAACGCAUUUUGCUGGAAGGUCAUACAGAUGGUAUAUGUAAACUUAGAUGGAAUCGUGGUGAUACAAUGCGUUUGGUAAGCUGUAGCUUCGAUUGUACCAUUCGCGUGUGGGACGCAUUAUCGGGUACUUGUUUAAAUAUUUACCACACGAAAUCGUUCGCGUAUGCUGCGAUAUUUUCACCACUGGACGAAAAUUUAAUAUUUUUCGUUGGAAAAGGGUGUUCGCUGUCGUCUUUCGAUUACACCAAACAGCAAGAUGCACCACCAAAAGCAUCCGCAAAGUAUCCAAAAAUAGUAUUUGCCGUUGAGGAGGAUGUCAAACCAAUGAAUUCGAAGCAAAAGAAGAUAAGAGCGGGAGGUAAAUUUCAAAACUCCACAAAAGCAUCUAACGAAAGCACUGCUACUACUGCUAUUGAUCAGCUAACAGAGGAAGUGAAUAAAGUCACGCUAAGGGAACCGAAUGUUGUUCAAGCAUCGGGAAAUCUAGCGACAACAUUCCAGCUUACUAAUCGUGAAACAAACAAAACAAAGGACGUAUUAGAGUGUAUCGUUAAAUUGCUGCAUACACCAGAUCCUGAGCCCGAGCCAGAACCACACGAGUAUUAUAAUGAUGGAAAUAUUAGCGACAAUGACUUUUUCGAUGAUAAAUUCAGUUACGUGUCAAAAGAAAAACCAGUCGAAGUUAUAAAACCGUCAAUCGAACCAUCGGUCGAAAAGAACGAAUCAACAGAACACGAAAGAAUGUUUUACAAUGAAAAACUGUUUUCGACUCCUGCACACCUGAAACAACUUGUAGAAGAAGAAGCAAAACUACACACAAUUACGGAUACUUCAUCGAUUGGACUGCUAAUGUUGCCCCAGUUGCUGCACAAGCUGAAGGAAACGAUUUUGGGAUGCAUCAGCAAGAAAAAGCUAACCCCGCAAAUGUUGGCUUUGGCGCCAUAUGUGUCACACAUGUUCUGGCGACAGUGCUGUCAAGCUUAUGCUUAUCAAUUGAUCGAAACUCAACAAUCUCUGGCAGCAGUUCCAUUUUUCCUAGCCAGCCAUAAGGUUGAUUCAUCGAUCGAGGAACUUUGCGAUGCUAAGUAUUACCGUGAGGCAUGGGUAAUCUGCAGGCUGAACAAAACGCCGGACGAUCCAAUGCUAGAACAAGUGGCUACCAAAUGGGCACAUCAUUUGAACGCUAUUGGAAACUAUGAAGCUGCCGCGCUAGUUUGGACGGGCACUAAAAAGUAUAAGGAGGCCAUCGACGUUCUGACGAAGCGUAGAGAUAUUACUGAGGACAUCCAACGUACGAUAGAUGAAUUGAAUGUUAAACUCCAAGAAUCUACUACAGCCCGGCAGGAAUGA